GGCAACAAGUGGGCCAUCACCUACACUCCCUACAACGCUGACGGAACCUGCAAGUCUGCUGCCUCCGUCGACGCCGACAUUGCGGUCAUCAAGGGCAAGGGUUUCACCUCUGUCCGUCUGUACUCCACUGACUGCUCCGGUCUCGUCAACGCUGGCAACGCCGCCAAGGCUCACGGCUUGAAGAUCAUCGUUGGUGUCUGGCUCGACGGUGCCGGUGUCGCUGCCGCCAAAGCUCAAGUUGAUGUCGUCGUCGGCUGGGGACCUGGCAACUGGGACAACGUCGAGAUGGUCGUCGUCGGUAACGAGGCCAUCUUCAGCGGUCACAUCGACGCUGGCGGCCUCGCCCAACUCGUCAUCGACGCCCGUGCUAGCCUCCGCGCCGCCGGCUACAGCGGCCCCGUGACCACCACCGAGACCGUCGCCAACGUCCAGGCCAACGCCGGCGUUCUCUGCUCCGCCAUCGACGUUGUCGGCGCCAACAUCCACCCGUACUUCAACGGCGCCAUCGCGGCCGCCGGCGCCGGUGUCUUCGUCAAGUCGCAGCUCGACUCCCUCGCCAACGUCUGCCCCGGAAAGCAGGCUUACAACCUCGAGACCGGAUGGCCCAACGGCGGUAACGCCAACGGUGACGCCAUCGCCGGCUGGGCUGAGCAGAAGCUUGCUAUUGCCUCCAUCUCGCUCGUCGUCGGUGCUCAAUCUACUUUCUUCUCCUUUGAGAACGACAUGUGGAAGGCUCCUGGAUCCCUCGGUGUCGAGCAACACUGGGGCUGUGCCGACCUCUUCUAG